AUGGACGAUCUGCUACCAUCUUACGAGAAUGCUACCAACCAAGAUCCGUGGGAGCUGGUCGUACAAUACUUAUCCUCCGAGUCUCUAUGUGCUGCUGCAUUAGUAUGCCGGAGAUGGCACCAGAUCAUGGCUCCGCAGCUUUGGGGCAACCCAGCCUCGCAUUUCGGUGUGCAGAACGAUACCGUAUACGUCGCUUUGACGCGAUUCAGGCGAGUUCUGCCCUAUGUGCGAGAAUCUGUGAGAGACUUGACCCACACUCUCCGAUUUCCUCCAGCUCAUGCAGAGAUAUACGGAGGGCCACAUGCGGAAUGGCUUCGUGACUGUCUUGAGUAUCUUCCCGGUCUCCAGUGCCUACUUGUCAACGGUCUUCCUUUCUUCGAUCAUUCUGCACUUUUGUGCCUGCGGUAUGCGAGCUUGCGCCGGAGCUCUAGCCAUCCCCGUGUGUUCCCAAUGUUUGGACUAAGACUGUUGGAUGCCUCGGGCUGCACAAAUGCGACAUCCACGGGGCUGACGGAAGCACUGUCCCAUCUACCAAAUCUGGUCUCGCUAGAUCUUUCGCGCACACCUGCUACAAGAGAUCCGGCAGUUUUGAGCAAGCUCAGAUUCCUGUCUAGUCUUCGUCUCCUGAACUUACAAGGCAUAUCACUCAAAGACGCUGACUUUGACAUCGUCGUAUCUUCCAUUGAGACCCGAGUGAGGAGUCUCGAUGUGCGUGAUAAUCAUUUGACAGAUGCUAGCGCUCGGGCUCUUCUCGAAAGGUGUUUGAAGGAAGAGCCCUUGGAGAGAAGGACCGCAUUAGGACCUUUAUCGCCAAUCGAGGAUGAAAGAGCAGAUGGUGACCUUGAUGUGUUUGAGUCGGAGAAAGUGGUUGAUCAUGUCCGUAAGAAGCUCACAGGAGGCUUUGUUGGCAGCCUUACAAUAGAGAGGGCUAGAGACGUUGGCAUUACUCAUCUCUACUUGUCAAAGAACGCAAUGACAGUAGAAGGCAUCUCAGGACUGUUGCGAUCCCAACGUUUGCAGGUAUUGGAUAUUGGCACACUACCGACCACCAUGAUACAAUCACAUCCCAGCGGAUUGGGAGAAGCAGCCGACCUCCUUCAGCUUCCCAGUGUCUCGAAAUUGACACCGGUCAUUUGCGAAUAUGCUUCAUCAAAGUUAAGAUAUCUACGCAUCAACUACGAGAUCGUCACGGAAGAUGCGCCGAAGGAUGCAGUGACAUCACCCCCACGCGCAGAGCUGCAUGGCGAUCUUGGGCGCCGUGACCCUUCGGAUGCGCACGAGCUUGAGGCCAUUCAAACAAGUACGGCUGAGCUUGGUGCUACCGAUGCAGCUAUUUAUGAGCUCCCGGGCGAUUCGGGUGGUGUGGUUGAACUGCCUGGCUGUUUGCCAACCACAACACACCAUCAUGACACAAGCUCGAAUUCACUGAAGGUUAUAGACCAGUCUCCACAUAUUGAAAUCACAGCAGUUCCACAGGAAGUCAAACGCGGCGCAACACAUGCUCCUGAAGUGGUCAUAUCUGACACUGCUCAUACGUCUGCCAAUGUCCCUAAAGCCGGUCACAACCGCGACGACCUGUGGGUUGACGAUCGUCGGGCUCGCCUCGAGCUUCGCCAAUCCCAAGAAAACCGGCUGCAUCCGAAUAUGCUUCCUAAGGUGCAUACCCUUGUACUUACGGACAUCCCCACCCUGAGCCGCAAUGAAGAGAUCGUCCACCGGCUUAUCCAGUAUGUAAAAGACGCAGCAGAAGAAGUCUCCAUCGCUAGAGAGCGAGCAGGACACACUUAUGCCCUUCCGCCUGGCCGCCGUCGCGCAAUCGCUGAGCAGGAACACGCGCGUAAUCUUUUCGCUCUUGAGAGGAUAGUUCUAGAAAUGGCACCACCACAGGCUCCGGCGAAGAAAUUUUCGACCAGUUGGAGAGCAUAUCCUACUAAGUCAUCUACAGAAGACGCUGACUCCGAAGCCUUUUGGGACGCGGCUACCCAGGAUUUCUCAUUCUUCGGCGAGGAAGAGUGCGGACUUCCGGACAUUGAACCCGGGCGUACACUACCGCUAGCAGCAAUGAGCGGGCUGGAGCUAGUAACGGAUACACCCGCACCACGGCCACAGGCUAGUGGUGAAGAUGAAUUCAAGCCCCAGAUUGACGUCAUUGCCGAAAUUGCAAAGUUCCGGAAGGAAAGGAAAGCUAUGUACAACAAUUUAUUACAAAUGGGGAAAAUAUUUCCGCAUGUCGAAGGCUACUGGCCGGGAGACAUAACAGUAGUUCGGAAAUCGCUUGAUCAAUAUGCGGGAGAGUUAGACUUCUAUGGUAACCGAUAUCAGUCCGGUUGGCACUACCGAUGA